AUGGACAGGUACGAGGCCAUACACGGACAAGAUGUCUCGAGCUUCGACUUGACCUCCACCCAUCGAUUACCGACAGUCUCGGCUGCGCAGGCGCUCGAGGAUCUCAAGUCGGACCCGAGAAGGUUUCUCUCAACCGGCCUCGACGGUCUCGACAGCGCUGUCAAUGACGUUUCCACGGCUGAUCCAGAUCUUGGCGGUAUAGAGAAGGGUCAAGUCGUCGAGGUCUGGGGCCCUCCGGGGUCUGGGAAGACUGCCUUCGCUAUGCAACUCGCUGCGAACACUCUGCGGGACGGCAGCAAGGUCGUUUGGGUAGCAUCGCAGACGGCUUCUACAGAUAAUGUAACAGAAGACCAAUUAAACAACCUGCUCCAUUUUGUCACACCGAGCUUGGCACAUCUCAUCGGGUUGAUCUGCAAACCGACGACGUCCAGCAUUCCCGCGGAUACCUCCCUGGUUGUAAUUGAUAACCUGUCUGGUCUAGUGAACCAGACUUUCCCAAAGAACCUCGAGACUCGACAACCUCCAAAGGGGCGAGGACCCUCGGCGAGGCGGCUGCAGGUUCUUCAAUUUCUCAUUUCGGCACUUCAGAAGCUUUCUGCCACGAGAGACCUGGUUAUUGUCGUCCUAUCUCAAUGUGCCACGAGAAUGCAACUCGAGCGUGGUGCUACACUGAUCCCAGCCAUAAAUGCCGGUUCCUGGGAGCAAGGCAUUGCCACCCGGCUGGUUCUCUUCAGAGAUUGGGUGAUGAGAGGUGAUGCAGUGCACGACAUGCAUCUCGUAGGGAUUCAAAAGCACCAUGGCAAAGUCGACUCCGGGGGGAUAGGGCCAGUAUUUGCGUUUGACAUUCAGACGGACGGUCUCAUCGAUGCGGAACUACAUGGAACGCAACCCUCUCUGACCCUGAGUGCAACGCCCCAUCAAAAGAGAAAGCUCGAUCAGACAGGUUUUGAGAUUCCCGAUAGCGAGGGCGAGGACUACGGCUGGGAGGAUGAGGACACGACUGAAAUGCCGAGCAUGCCACCACAGUGGCAAGGCAGCGAAGACCUCCUCGUCGGCCAGAUCGACGACGAUGCCAACCGAGUCGAUGAAGACGCCGAGGGUCAUCUGGCACAGAGCACCGACGAGGACAACGAGUCCACUUGA